GAGAAGCGUGCGUCGGGGACGCGGAGUUCUCUCAUCCCUCUCUUUCGAAUCCUCCUGAACUUCUUCCCCUACGCCAGACGGCGAAGGGAGCGCUCGACUCGAUUGACCGGCGGCCAACCGAACAGGCGCGCGGCGCGCCGUCCCGGCACGAGCCCACCUGUCCUGUUUGCGCGCUUUUUCCCAUCUCUCUCGGAAGCUGUGUCAAGUCCUGCGAGCAGCUUCCAGUUCAGCAGGCAGAGUGCCUGGGACAUUUUCUUUUCUGAAUUUUUAUUUCGCAAACGCUACGAAUUUGGUCUCCCCUCUUCAAAUGGGAUGAAGCGACGCGCGCACUACGGACGACCAAAAGAAGACGAAGAACCAAACGAAGCGACGACGACGACGACAUAAGCAACACAGUGGUCGGUUCAUUUACUUUCGUCUGCUAGUUCGCUGCACUAGGUGCAGCAGUGAAGCGAACGGAAAAGUGAAACUGGACAAAAGCGAUACGCGUGAACUACGAAUUUCGUGAGCUUACGGUCUUCUCACUGCCUUCGACUCCACGCGUCGUCGACAACGUCACCGAGAACUGUCAAGUGCGAGGAACAGUGGCUUCGACGGUCUGGCGAGCUCUUUUCGUCCUUUUGCUGAACUCUUAAAAGUAGACGCGAAACUACGAUGGCAACGGUGGUGUAGACUUCCCUCUCUUUUUUUUUCUUCAAGGUUUCCACGAGCGUUUGAAACUGUAGAAGAAAAAAACAUAUGGCUUCUUCGCUGCUGCUGAGCAGCCCGACGGACUAUGAACCGUACUCGUUCGGGCAGGGCGAGACCCUGACCCUCAACAUGAGCUGGGGCUCGCCGUCGACGAAUACGGCUGACAGGGAGGUUGGCGGCGAUGCCUCUUCCUCGGUGGCCGAGGACAGGCUCUACGAGGUGCCGGUAGAGGUGAUAGUGCUGCUGUCCGUCUGCUACGGCGCCAUCUCGCUGGUGGCAGUGGUGGGCAACACGUUCGUGCUCUGGAUCGUGGCCACAUCGCGCCGCAUGCGCACCGAGACCAACUACCUGAUCGCCAACCUGGCCAUCAGCGACAUCAUCAUCGGCCUCUUCUCCAUCCCGUUCCACUUCCAGGCUGCGCUGCUCCAGCGGUGGCUCCUACCGCGCUUCAUGUGCGCGUUCUGCCCCUUCGUACAGGUGCUGUCGGUGAACGUGUCCAUCUUUACGCUGACGGCGAUCGCCGUGGACCGGUAUCGGGCUAUCACGAUACCGCUGAAGGCGCGCCUCAAUUCCCGCCUGACGGCACGCGUCCUCAUCGGCGUCAUCUGGGUGGCAUCAGCCAUGGCGGCGGCGCCGUACGCCUUCGCGCUGCGUGUCACCCUGGUCCAGGACGAACGAACGGGCGAGCGAACGCGCCCCUUCUGCCACAACGUGGCGCUGCCUCCCAGCGCCUGGCGCGUCUACAACAACGCGCUUGUCUGCUCGCAGUACUUCGCGCCCUUGCUGGUCAUCUGCUACGUGUACGAGCGCAUUCGCCGCCUGCUCAAGGACUCGACCAUCCCCGGAAACCCGGAGUCCGUGCGAGACGCCAUCGUCGUCAGGAACAAGAAGAAGGUUACCAAGAUGAUGUUCAUUGUGGUCGCCAUCUUCGCUCUGUGCUGGCUGCCAUACCAGACAUACAACAUCCUCACCGAGAUCUACCCGGAAAUUAACUCAUAUCGCUACAUCAAUGUCAUCUGGUUCUGCUGCCACUGGCUGGCCAUGAGCAACUCCUGCUACAAUCCAUUCAUCUACGCCAUCUACAGCGAGAAAUUCAACGCCGAGUUUCAGGCUCGCAUCCGCUGCUGCGCUCGACGGCCUCACGACGAGAUUGUCUACGGCCAUUCCUCCAUUAUGACGCAGCUUUCGGUGCGACUGCAGUCAUGAAACGUGCGAAAAAACACCGCGGUCGUUCUUGGGGGCCUAUGAUCUAGCCGCUACGCCAAUGAAAAUGAGUUUCGAUAUCGUGUAUGUGCAGAACAAUCGCAGGUGACGAUAGCACCACAUGCCUCAGGGAUGCGGGACGUUGAUCAGGUCAGGUUGUGUCUUUAUAAAAAUCCUUGACGCAGCAGCAUUGUAACCUAACAUGUAAUCUUGAUGAGCAAGGAGAAAAAUUUGCCCUGUAUUAUCUGCAGAAGCAAAACACUGUAAAAACUCGCCAACGUUGCUCUAUGUGCGUGAGAAACUUGACCUUUUCACAUCAUGGCUUCUCUUUUUUUUUCUGCGUACUGCUGCAAAUAACAACACAACUGUAUUGUUCCACAAAAAAGAAACGUUCUAUGGCGUAAUCUAAGAGGCAUGCUGUGCCAUGCCUGCCAAGAGGCGACGCUGCGUUUGCCGCAGUCAGUGAUGCAAAGCGUUGACCAAUUGUUAGCUUGACGAGUAGUUGGAGCACUCAUAUGAGAAUUCAUAUGCUUCUCCUAACGAUGCUCGUUGCUUAAUCAGGCUCGUUGAGAAAUGCACAACUAUCGAAGAAUAACAGCAGCCUGUCGUUUAAUGGUGCAGUAACUGGAGAAACAGUACUUGGAUGCCAGUGUUUCAAGGCAGACAUUUGAGCACGAACCCUCGUCACUGCCUUUUGCAGCGUCUACAAAAAUGUGCAUUGUUACUGCAAGAGCGUAAACCACUCACUCGGGUUGCCGCCUUGAGCAGAAAAAAAGUCAAUGCUCAUAGACAGCUUCUGCAUAGGGCCAACAUGAUUACAUUGGUUCGGAUUCCGGUUACACAAGUCUCCUUGGAUGCCGGAGUUACUGAUUUAAUAGAAUGCUUUAGCUUACCGAUGCACGUGCACUCGUGUAGGCGUUCGUAUUACCGUCGUGGAUCGUGAUAGUUGGUCGCAACGUUUGAUAAUUUUUUUUCUCUGCGCGCAAAUAAAUGUGUCAUGACAGAUUACGUUUCAAGUUUUCGAGGCAUGUUGUGCCAUGCCUUCAGGGGUCAUGCUGCGUUGUCUAGAAUCAGUGGUGCAAAGCAUUGAAAAACUGUUUGCAAGCAAAAGGCAAAAGUUCUUGCCCACUGUCGAAUCACAUGUUGGGUGGGAACACUCCAGGCGUGAAGCUUGUGCUACGUUAGAAUUAUUGUACGUAACAAUGCUUGGGAAGUGCUGCGUGAACUGUUAUCCUUAAACUCACGAACAAUUAAGGGGGGGGGGGGGGGCGUGGAACUCCACUGCGUGAACUAAAAAAAAAAAAAGAAGAUAAGACAGCGUUCCGCAUCCCUGCAGGUCUCGUGUAGGUUGAAACUCACGUGUGCGGUUUCUCGAGGAGUGGUGAAGUGUCGAAGUGGCUCCAGAAUGUGCUCCAUUUUCCUCUAGUCAUAGAGGCACCGGAUGGCACGCUGACGUCUUUGUCGCAUUGCCCGACCGCGGUGUUUUUCUUUUGUUUGUUUUUGCGAACAUUGCUCACAUCAUGCUCCGCUCACAACAGCAGUUCAUCAGCGGCAAAACUUGUGGGUACUGAUGUCGGCUCGGCAGCCGAGGGAAACAUAUGUGCCCUGCUUGUCUGGCAUGUGCUAUUUUUAUAAGCGUACGUAGACUGUGUCGAGUGAUUGGUUGUGAGAGUGACGGAUAUGUUUAGCCAACUACGAUUAUUAUAAAACUUUAUUGUCUGAUACAGUAAGUUCUGAACAGAUAAUGGUGAAGAAAUAUAAGUCAAAGGUACAUUCUUUAUUGUCACUUCCAGUACCAGAUGCUAGGUUACAGAGUUGGGAGGUUACUUGAUUGGUGUAUUCAGUAACUUUUUAAACAUUUUGAUAUUUCUUCUAGAAGUCUACGUUCUGGUACCAGUCAUUCACAAGGCAUGAGUAUUAUCAGCAAUUAAAUGCAGAAAGCGCUUCAUAUCUUGUGGAACAUGGGGGGUGACACCCAGUAAUUUAUUUAGUAGAUUCGGAAGCUAUUACAUUUAUCGUUAUUAAGGAGUGAAUGGAAUGGAAGAAUGAAAGAAGGAAAAUUGAACUCGCCUGAAUAAUUCAUGUGAAUUAACUUCAAGCUCUGCUGUUGAGACAAAUGUCAAUGCUUUACUUCGUUCUUCGUGCUGGCGCACAAACUAUCACUUACUGAAUACCAGCGCUCCGUUUUUCACAUAAGCAAAACGGUGUUCUUACCAUCACCGUUCUUCAAGUGGCCUACUUACUAUCGCUAGUUGCCAGUUUGUCCAAUACAUGAGACUCUACAUUGAAUAAAUAUAUACAGAAUACUCGCUUUGAAGUUGAAAGAAACCAUACGAGCCACAUUCCCGUUUUCUAUACUUUAAUGUAUUUGCAUUGCUUUUUAUAAGUUAUUUCUGCAUAUAUCAUUAAAUUGUAGGAAAUAAUGCUUGCUGGUGUUGAGAAAUUCACCACUUUAUUUGGGCUUUCUUUUGCUCUAUCACUUACGCUUCACACACAGAAAAAAAGACGGAGAAGCAGGUAACAUCGGGUCGUGCGUGUAAAAUUAUGGAAGGUGUAAACAGGCAGUACAACAACAUUUCAUGUGACUGAAAAGCGGAUGGAAUAUCGCCCGAGUAGAUUUUGCGUAUUACUGUUCGAACAAAGAGCGAUAUAAUAUAGUAUGUGCUGCAUAUUUUAUAUACAGCUUGCUAUCUCUCGAAUCUGUGUUUAGUGCCAUGCUUUAACAAAUGAACUAAAUGAACUUGUAAAAGAAAAAAAAGUCAACUGAUGUCUUUAACACUUUGUCGUUCGUGACGUUCACGUCAGUGUUAACUCGUCAGACUUUACUCUAUCCUUGUGAAGAAUGAGGCUGUUAUUUGUUUCAGGGUAUCGUUCACCCAUCAUUCACUGAUGCAUUCACUUACUGAUAUUGCCCGCCUACUCUCUAGCUCAUUGAUUCAUUGCUCUCCCUACUGAUUCAGUUUGUAGAACGCUUAGUCAUGCAUGCCAUCACUUCAUCAUCUAGAUGUAAAAAAAAAAAAUUACGAGGCCCCAGGUAGCACCCAUUGUUAUUCCCGCUAGUAAACAUAUGCACUUAUAUUGCUGUGUAAGUAAGUCCCUGGUGUAAAACACUUUAGACCUACAAAAACUACAUUGCGCAGGCGCUGUCAAAGUGUCCUAUUGAAUGUCAGUGCCGAGCAUGCAGGAAUGCCUUCAUGUGAAUAUUUAAGCCUCUACAUUGUUCAAUUACGCGUUGUCAUCAUGGAACGUACUCUUCGUGACUGCACACAAACCGACAAGCCCAACGCUUCGCGUUUAGAAUACGAGCUAAAGUGGACGUACUGGUUUAGUGUCAUAAAAAGCUAACGCUGACUGUGGAUCAGGGCCUAAAAUGAGCAGAAAGCUUAAGCUUGGUGUCUAAUACAAACUAAUAAUACAUAAAUUAAAUAAAAUAAAGCCUGUAGAAUGACUGGAAGAAGACAAAGAGAAAGUUAAGUCGAUCAGACUAGCCCGCUAUAGGCACCAAACCAAACCAACCAAACCAAACCGCUAUAAGCAUUUCUUUCACUUAAGGCGCCGUAUUUAUUAUUUGCUCCAGUUUCAUGAAUGACUGAGUGAUUAUGCGGUCUUGAAACUUCGUGGUGCGAUGAAGACACUUACAAAGGCCAAUAAAUCUUGCCUAAAAUCAGCACCCAGAAUUGGAAAACGUUUUACGUGGCGGGUGAAACCUGAGCAACGUGUUUAUUUUGUGUAAUAUUUCUGGGAGCCCAAAGUUGAAAACUGCAAUGGCGCUGAGCCUUUGGUUGCCACUUAAGACUGCUGGAAAGGCUGCGAAACAUUUUGCAACAGCUGAAAAUGAACCAUGCUUCAGAGAUUUGUUUACUGAAGAGUAUGAAGCCUUACUUGAGCAGGCGGCAUCGACGCUUGUCGUUGGUAAUAUAAGAACUCGUACAAAAUAUCAAAAUUCCAGGGAGUCAUCCCAAACAUGGGGCAACCUGCGUGUUGCAUUACGCACGGAACACGCCCCAACAGUGUCUAUAAGCACCUAAAAUUUCUUCAAGCUUCAAGGAGAACGCAACACGCACAAUAUCAAGCUUGUUUUGCAGGACUACUGAAGACUGAUUAAAAUUUGUAGGAUGGGCUUACAAAAUGGAAAACCUUUGUUCAAGUAGCACAUGUAUUCAUAACGGCUAAACGUUGGUGAUGACUUAACACCGCACAGCACAUGUCAGUGCUAUGAUUAAGCCCUGAUAGAAGCACGAAAUUAUUAAGGUGAUACGCAGAAAAAUACCUAAACCUGCUACACUGUCCGAGGGACCCGCCGUGGUUGCUCAGUGGCUAUGGUGUUAGGCUGCUGAGCACGAGGUCGCGGGAUCGAAUCCCGGCCACGGCGGCCGCAUUUCGAUGGGGGCGAAAUGCGAAAACACCCGUGUACUUAGAUUUAGGUGCACGUUAAAGAACCCCAGGUGGUCGAAAUUUCCGGAGUCCUCCACUGCGGCGUGCCUCAUAAUCAGAAAGUGGUUUUGGCACGUAAAACCCCAUAAUUUAAUUAAAUUUUUAACUGUCCGAGGGAGCACACUGAUGAUACGAUACGCCACAUCACUUUCGCGCAAGGCAGCCUGCAGCACAGUAACUCAAGCGAGAACGUGGGCAGACUUUUCCAGGGCGUGUCAUGCCGGUAUGGGAAGUCGUAAACUUCCUGUUACUGCUUCCCUUGCAGUUGAUGCCAACUUGAUAGCAUUCUCGGAAAUGUGCCUGCCUAACACCUAUCUCACCGUUUCACGAAUGAGAUCAUGCUGUUUUAAGUCGGACAGUUCUUGGUAUCAUCAAACGUUGUUAUCAUAAAAUGUUUGGUAUUUCAACCGUUAGCUGUUUGAGCUGAGCAGCUUUUCAGAAGUGAUCGAAAGGUAACGCUCUCACAACUAUAAAGAUACAUGACAAAAGAUAAGAGGCCCUGCAGCGAUGGAAGUUUUCCAUUCGGUUACCAAUAAUAGCGUCUCAACUCACACACACACACACACGCACGCGCGCGCGCGCGCACACACGCACUCGCACACACGCACGCACGCACACACACACACACACACACACACACACACACACACACUCACACACACAAAUAAGAAUAGCAGCUCAGAACUUCCAAAGAACGUUACACAAUUUGUGCUUAUUGCAUAUAUUAAGGAAACUUGCGCGCUGUUGGUGGUGGAAAAUAUAUGUAUUAAACAGAUCAAAAAUGGAUCAUAGUGCAUAGUGUGAUUGCCUGCAGUUUCUGUAAAUAGGAGGAAAUCUGAUAUUUUUGACACUUGCUUGUGGAAUCUUCACUAGUGGAUUUCAAAAAUGUAUUACACACUGCAAGCGUAUUUUUGUCUCAAUUGCGAUCUCUCACGCAGUAAAUAGCCUCACACUCUAUAUUAUUCAUGUAUCGAUGUGCGCACUACACUGCCUCAUGCAGUUUUAAGUGAUACUAUUUUCGUCUAACUGAAAUGUGUGGGGUGUCACCGUGAAUGAAGUCAAUAAACUUAUGUGUACAUA